UAAUUUUCCAAAAUCGUAUUUCAAACACAUUGGAUCGGGAAAAAAAGUUAUGUUUAUAAUAUUUAGACCACCUACAUAUGGACGGUGGACUGUUAUUUCAGUGCAAAAAAUAUUUUCGGUAUUUCCAACAUGCAUUGAACGUGUGUCCUUUUCCGCAGGUGUACAGCGUGUUACAGAACGGAUACAAGAUCUUCAUAAACAUGGAGUACGCGAAGAACGGAGACCUGUUCACGUACCUGCAAAAUAAGAUCUUGGAGAAGCCACAAAUCCGUUCUUGGUUUGUGUAGAUCUUGUAUGCGUCGCUCAUGUACAUGCACAGGAUGGGUGUAGUGCACAGAGACCUGAAGUUCGAGAACAUACUGCUGACGCGCAACUACAACGUGCGUAUAGCCGACUUCGGGUUCGCCAGGUUCGUGGACCGCGGACAUAAUCCUUGCGCGGACACGCCGUGCGGCACAGUUACCUACUCGUCGCCAGAGCUCUUGUCAGGACAACGACCGUACAACCCGGUGCUCGUGGACGUAUGGGCGAUCGGUGUCGUGCUAUUCGUAAUGACCAACAACGCGAUGCCGUUUCGAGACAAGACCAAGGAGGAAAUGCACAAGAAACAGGUGAGCAGGUGAUAUUAUGAUGUAAUGCAUACGAACACAAAACAAGUGGAAAAUGGGUACCGCCUGCUCUGAUGUACAUUGGGCGUCGAGUGGGUCGCAGUAACGGCUGUUUUGAAUUCAAUAAUAUAUCCAUUGUAGGUAUACACAAAAUGGUUCUGAACGGAAACAGUCUUUUCACAUGAUAACACAUUUUAUGUAAGAGUACAUUUCAUGAUAUACUAUGGUUUACGAUAUUAGUAUUGCGGACGAUCGAUUUGAC